AUGACUUCCUGGUACAGGCGAUUCCAAAAGCCGCAAUUUUCUCGGCUAAGGUUGCGUCAGCCCACCCAAUCGGCGUCCUGCUCGGGAUGCCCAGCCUUCCUGGUCCCUAAACAGCAGGCGCCAAUUGGCAUGGAUGGCAACCUACGGUGGCGAUUCGAGUUGCAAGCAAAUGGCACAUUUCCAGAAAGCCACCGGAUUACUGACUACAUUUCCCCGGCAGAGUAG